CACGUCGGACGGAAUGAAGCGUCAUCCUUUCUGAUGUAGAGCGGCGCGGCGGCCUUUCUUUGCUGCUCUACAUUUCCCUCUGUCUUUUUACUCUUAACCCGGUAUUUCAGCUUUUUAAUUUCUUUAACCAUGACUCGAAAGUCGCCACUUCUGACCGCUUGCCUCCUCCUUCUGGCUGCUAUGAGUUCGGAGGUUUCAGCGGACGGUUUGGUAAACGAAGAGGUGAAGAGGACAGUGGACUUGGGCACUCAUCUGGCCAAGAUCACCGCGGAGAUCGUGCUGUCCAACCAGGGACACUCUGCCGUCCAGAGCUUCAUAUUAGCAGUAGAGGCUGAGCUGGCCCCGCAUCUGGCAUAUAUUGGAGCUUCGGUGAAGGGUGAUGAGGAGGAAGAUGGCACACUUGAACUCCAGCAGACAACGAUUUCGGGCCACAGUGGGCAGUUCUACAAAGUACAGCUGCCCUCCAGUCUAGCAGCUGGUGCUCAGCUGAAAGCGAAGGUGGAGAUGACUUUUAGCCACGUCCUGAAGCCCUUCCCCACACAAAUCACCCAGGCCGAGCGCCAACUGGUGGUCUUUCAAGGGAACCACUACCUCUACUCCCCAUACCCCACCCGCAGCCAGACCACACGUGUCCGCUUGGCCUCCAAGACUGUGGAAAGCUACACCAAGCUGGGCAACCCCAGCAAAAACGAUGAAAUCAUUGAGUACGGACCCUUCCGUGAUGUGGCUCCAUUCAGUGAGGAUACAAUGAAGAUCCAUUACGAAAACAACACACCCUUCCUCACCAUCAGCAGCAUCACUCGGACCAUUGAGGUCUCUCACUGGGGAAACAUUGCUGUGGAAGAGACCAUCGACUUGAGGCACACAGGAGCCACCCUGAAGGGGCCAUUUUCACGUUAUGAUUAUCAGCGUCAGUCAGACAGCGGCAUCUCAUCUGUCAAAUCCUUCAAGACUAUCCUCCCUGCCUCGGCCCAGGAUGUCUACUACAGGGACGAGAUCGGCAACAUCUCCACCUCCCAUCUGCAGGUUCUGGAUGACUCAGUGGAGGUGGAGAUCAGGCCUCGCUUCCCCUUGUUUGGAGGCUGGAAGACCCAUUACAUCAUCGGUUACAAUCUGCCCAGUUACGAGUACCUUUACACGCUGGGUGACCAGUAUGCACUGAAGAUGAGGCUAGUUGACCAUGUGUAUGAUGACCAGGUCAUUGACUUCCUCACUGUGAAAAUCAUCCUUCCAGAGGGAGCCAGAAACAUCCAUGUGGAUACACCUUACAAAAUUGAUCGCAUGCCAAACCAGCUGCACUACACAUAUCUGGAUACCUUUGGCCGACCAGUGCUGGUCGCCACCAAGAACAACCUGGUGGAGCAUCACAUUCAGGAUGUUGUGGUUCAUUAUAACUUUAAUAAGAUCCUGAUGCUGCAGGAGCCUCUCUUGGUUGUAGGAGCCUUCUACAUCCUCUUCUUCACUGUCAUCAUUUAUGUCCGGCUGGACUUUGCCAUCACAAAGGACCCUGCGGCUGAAGUGCGUAUGAAGGUGGCCUCCAUCACUGAACAGGUGCUGACUCUGGUCAACAAGCGUCUGGGUCUGUACCGACACAUGGACGAGGUGGUGAACCGUUACAAGCAGUCCCGCGACACCGGGGCGCUCAACAGCGGCCGGAAGACUCUGGAGGCCGACCACCGCACUCUCACCAAUGAGAUUAGCUCACUGCAGGCUCGCCUCAAAGCCGAGGGCUCCGACUUGGCUGAUAAGGUUGGAGAGGUGCAGAAGCUGGACGGCCAGGUGAAGGAGCUGGUGUGUCGCUCCUGUCAGGAGGCGGAGCGGCUGGUGGCGGGUAAGGUGAAGAAGGAGGCUUACAUCGAGAGCGAGAAGACCCUGACCGGCAAGAGACAGGAGCUCGUCAGCCGCAUCGACAGUCUGCUGGAUGCCCUCUGAGCUACUCCUGCCACACCUUCACACAGAAACACACACACACACACACACACACACACCUCCCCCGCUACAACAUACAACCAACAAUUUGUAUGUAUGAGAUUUGAAUAAACUUGACAUAAAUGCUUACACCUUUUUGCCACUGUUGAACCCAGACAUGGACUGUUAACGUCUCAUGUUAUGGUAGUGAUGGGUUUAUCUGGUGCCUUGUGAUAAACUCCAGGUCACCGUGUGCUCGGCUCUCCAACGGCUACGUCAUAACUUUUGGCUUUUUUGUUUGUCUGUUUUUGACAGACUCAGAUUUUGACACUUCAUUUUCAUGUUCAAAUCUGGACUUUCUAUCCCGCAGUACGGUUAUGGGAUUUUUUGUUUUGUUUUGUUUUUAGACGAAUAGCUGAAAGGCCCAACUGUUUUCGGUCUCAUGUCUUCACUCACAUAUUCUGAAUUGUCCAUGUCUUGAAUAUAAAGGUGAUAGUCUUUUCCAAUCUUGUCUCUUUUGCACUUAAAACUUUUUUCUAGUCGCCCCUGACUGACGCUUGUAUUUGAACAAAUUUGAAGCUCUCAUUGUGUGUCAUCCCAACUCUUCCUUGCUGUUCAGUCAUAUUUUCUACAUUUUGUAUGACUUGUUUUUAUUUCUUUUGUAAAUUUUUUUUUUUUGGUUUUUGUUUUUGACCAUGAGAUUAGAGAAUACAUGAGAUUGGGUUGUAUGUGGGAAAAGACAUGGGAGAUGGGACACAGAUGUUGGUGAAAUGGGCAAUGAUAUGGAAAGCUGUCAAAUUUGAAAUAAAGUUUUGAGAAACUCGUCA